CAAUUGCGACUAUUUACUUUGGUUCUAUGGGGUUCUUCUCAGUAAAACGUGAGAUAAAACAUAAAUUUUAACAUAAAUUUUCCCAUUUCCAUCCCCUUAAACAUGUGCGUUUGUUGUCCUUAGUAAAGUCAGGUGUGAAUGCCAAUGCAUAUUUACAAUUUAUUUUGUUUUUUUACAUAUUCUCUACUCUGUAUUAGGUCAAGUCUUUCUGUUGACCCACCAACCAGUGUCAUCAAAAGCUAUUUUCUUGUUUACAUCCGAUCAAAUAUCAGUUGUACUUAUUUUAUAUGCUUUUGCUUCUCAUAGUUUUCCUGGACCAGGCCAUGUUUCAACCAUACCCAUCUGAGAUUGUGUUCCAGAACUACACACCAUUUAAGACAUACAAGGUCCCAUUAGAGCUGGUAAACAGUGACAAAGAUUCUCGACUGGUAAAGGUGAUUGAAGACGAUUAAUUUUAUGUUGAAGUGGUCAGCCCACUCACAUCAACAUUCACCAUACUGUUCACUCCACAAGAGAACAAGGAUUACUUGCACAGACUCAUCUGUGCAAUUGAAUGUGAGAAGUUUGAGGUACUUCACGUGAUUGGGCCUUGUGCCAUACUGGACUUCCCGGAUAGUCUGGAUUUCACAAUCUGUCCAGUCAAGUGCGUGUCCCAGAGAACUCUGCUUGUGUGGAACUUCAGAAAAUGUGAGGCCAAAAUCCAAUUUCGCACAUUCAACCCAUUUUCCAUAGAGCCCUCUGGGACUCUUGAUGUUGGUCAAAGCAUGCAGGUUACUGUUGAGUUCUUACCUAAAACCACUGGGAAUCACAGCCAGGAUUUGCUGCUGCACUACCACUCAGGAGAAUACAUCCACAUCAGCCUGUUUGGAGAUUCCACUGAUAUAAACAUAGGAUUGGACAAGAACUUUACAAUGGUGGUUAAAAUCUACAUCUCCUUGGCUAAUUACCAGAAAGUAACACUAAUGAACAGGAGGGAUUCCAUUGUGCAUUACCAGUGGAAUAAAUUUGCCACUAAUGAUGAAGAGGAACAGGAGAAAUUAAGACUUUUAUCAGGGUUGCAUCAAGAUGAUGAGAUGGAGCAGUUUCUGACAGAAUGCAAUGAUCCCUCUCUGCUAGCUUGUCUCUUAUGGUUUUCCCAUACACCCCAGGAGCAACUUAUGCACACUCAGAAACAGCUAUUGGUUUUAGACAAACGCAUCAUCGUGAGGCCCCUGUCUCAGUUGCCACUCUACAUACUGGGAGAGGGUAGAGGCCCCAAACUGCAGUUCAGGUUUGACUCGCUUGACAUGGGAAACAUUGUCAUUGGCUCCAAACAGAGCUAUAAGCUGUUUCUGAUCAACAAGGGAUUGAUAAAGGGUGCAUUUAAACUAGUGCAGCACAGUACAAUCCUGGAUCUUUGCUUUUUCAUCAACCCCUUGGAGGGCAUUAUCCUAACUGAAGGCUACCAAACACUGGAUGUUCACUUCUCCUCUAACAAAAUAGGCAUCUUCUCUGAGGAGUUACACUUCCAUGUGUUUCUGCAUCCCUUCAUCUCUUGCAGUGGGUAUUUAAUUGGCUCUACAUUCCACCUCAGUGUCCCAGAACUCAACUUUGGGGAGAUGUCCUUUGGGUUGACACAAAUGCUGACAUGUUGCUUUACCAACACAUAAAUGGUGUCUAUGAGAUUUGGACUCCAGAUCCGCAGAGAUGGUACUGGACUGGAAAGUAUUACCAGAAUGGAUAAGCUGACCUUAUGCUCCAAAACUGUGCAAGACUACAGGCUGGCUUUAGUGGUGGAUGUACAGGGUUUUAGAGAGAACGUUUUUGCUCUCUCAAUCAAAGCUAGAGAAGGCUUUGCUGGCCCAGAGAAAUCGCCACUGUUCCUAGGUCAUCCCUAUGGGCAAUCAGUUAAACUCUUCAAUGACACUGACCUCCUUGUGUGCUAUGGACUGCUACCACAGAUAAUAUCUCAAAACCAACCGUAUGAGGAGGACCCCCAUCUUCUUUAUACUAGUACUCAUCCACGAGGGGUCAUCCAGCCACACAGCGCAGAACAGAUUCCAUUAGUUCUUCUGGUCAAGACAGUGGGCAGCCUGCAGCAAACAGCUUGCAUCACUAUACUAGGCCUUUAAGACCCACCAUUGGAGCUGCUUCUGUCCUGUGUUGGCCAGGAUCCUUCCGUCUCUGUCACUGCUGCCAAGCUGAACUUUGGCUGCAAUCCCAUGCUGAGUAAUGUCCCAAGGACUUUGCAACUGUCCAACAACUGGCUGCUGAUUUCUGGCCCUUGUCAAUAUCCCUUCAGAAUCACCAAACAAGGAUGUCGCACCCAUCAAAUCUGGGGCACGGAGGGAUUUACACAGUUCCACAAUAAAAACCCUCUUACUCCUGACAUGUUAAGGAACAGGAAAAGUACACCGAUUUGUUCAGUUCAAGAAGGCCCAGUCAUCAUGAUAACUCCUUAACCUUUAUCACUUCCUACAGGCCACACAGCUGACAUGCUACUAGAGGGCUCCUCUGAUAUCCCCAUGUGUUUAUGAAUGCAUGUGGUUAGGGAGAAGCUGGUAUGCCAUGUCGUUGUGGGGCAUCAUUAUGGCAGAAAGUGCAUCAUGACUGCAGUCACGUGCCAGUUCGUUAGCCCAGGAGUAGAGAUAUCCUCCCAACAAAUCAAAUUCUGUGUGGAAAAGGCUCCAAAUGUGUUUCUGGUUCCAUUGUAUCAGAGGCAGGUUCUGAAGAGUGUGUCCUAAUUGAACCUCUCUAUAGAACUGAUUCUUCACGAGCCCUUCGGCCUGUGUGAUUAUGAAGGGGAUGGGUUCACAACCUCAAAGAGAACACUUUUUCUGGUGUUGUGUGUCGGAGUUUAGAAAGAGCUGUGGGUGCGUUUCAACCCCAUGAAUGAACAGGACCGCUGCACUUAUGUGAUUGAGGAUGUGCUGGAACUCUGCUACCAUGGCCACCCACAGAAGGACAGGGCAAAUUUAAGGGGUGAGGUCCAGUUCCAUAAUCUAUAGUUCUCCAGCACCAUACUUGACUUAAGCUGCAUUGUUAACAACACAAAAUCCCAGCGCAAGCUCACCAUGACCAACUGCAGCCCACUCUGCAUUUCUUAACUUUGGGAUUUACUCGUAGACCGACAGUAAUGCCAUAUUGGGUUUUUUUAUGAGAAGAGCCAAGGGAUUGAAGGAUGCACUGGGGGGAGAAGAGAGGAGAGUGGGGAGACGCAAUGGGAGCUGUUAGAGCAGAGAGAGCCUGUCGGAAAGACAGACUUAAACAGUGAAAGUGACAUAGCUCAAAUGGAAGAGGAGGAAUUGAAUAAACUGUAUAAUGGAAGCUCCUCAUACAAUGGAAAAGAACAGAAUAGGACUUCCACACAAAGGCCAGCAAGUACAGAUCUGGGAACCAGACCAUUUGGUCUGACAGCCAUGGGGCAUUCAAGUGUGAGUAUAAAAGAGAUGUUUGAUAUUUCAUCACUGUAUGGGAAACUGCAACCUGGUGACACCAAACUGUCAACCUUCACAUUUUUUGGUCAUAUCAGUGCUCAUGUGUUUACAAUGUGUGAUGAGGGAGGAUCCACCUAUGAGAUCACACUCAAGGGUCAGGCAUCUACUGCUUCAUAUACAGGGGACAAGAAUUACAUUCAAUUUCGCUUGCAGUUUUUGGACCAUGUGGCAGAGGCAGCGAUCACUCUGAAGAACAAAGGGAGAGUUGGCUUUGAUUUCUUUACAGGAGAACAAGGACUCCCCUUACCUGGGCAACCCCUCAUCAUCCCAAGCAAGGGCCAUCUAGAGCCAUAUGCAGACAUGAAACUAAAUGUAUACUACCUGUUAGGGAUCCCUGAGUUUUUUCAAACAACCUUUCAGUUGUAAGUGGCCUUCUAUGAGACUGAGUACAUUACUUUAAGAGGAGAGGAUAUUUUCCCUUGGCUGUGUCUGGAUCUACCUAGACACCUUGGCAAACAUUUGGUGGAGAGUGACAAAUCAAGAGAGGGUGUGCUGAGCUGGCCUGGUACAGGAAAAGAGGAAAUGCCUGAAGAUGACUGCAUUCCCAAUAGGAAUCACUCACCAUAUCUUUCACCAGAUAUGGGCAUAGCUGGCCAAAAUUGCAGGGGCAUUGCUAUAAUUGUGCAUGGUGCCCCUCUGUCAGGUAAAACUAAGACAGCAGUUACUCUGGCUAAACACUAUGGAGCGUGUCUCAAUGUAGAUGAGGUGGUGCUGGAGGCUAUGUCAUCUGGGAGCAGUUCUGCAGGCCUGAGGCCAAGAGAACUAUGCAUCAAGGCUGCUGUUGAGUGUGCUCAGAGGGAAGUGGAGGAGGCUGCGGCAGAUAUGAUGGACACUCCUGGUCAAGGUCCAGGUGUUGUCUGUAUUGAGGGAGUUGCCAAACACACAGCGGAGGGCAGCCAGACCAGUGACCCUAUAGUCAACCCGUCAUCUGCUUCAACCCGCAACAAAACCAGCAUUACAGGGAUUUCAAAGAAGUAAGGCAGUUCCGGACCUACUUAUGCUUCAGUGGUACACAUAUUUAUAGUACACUAUAAUAUGAGGAAUCCAAAGAUGUUUGCCAGUCAGUGUGAAGAGCUGGACCCGAUUGGCUGCUUCCUGCCUGAUGAUCUGCUGGUAGAAAUCCUAUCAGAGGGACUGCAGAUGCAUUCAAAAUGUUACCAUGGUGUUGUGGUUGAUGGGUUGGAGACACUGUACUGCAAAUCACUAAAUGACAUGCUCCAGAUUGUCCUGAAAGCCCUCAACAACUGCCGCCAUAUUGUCAUCAACCUCUUUAACAGAUACAGUGCCUUCAAGCAUAGGGAACUAGACAGGUUUGGCCAAGAGCAGGAGGAGAGAAGACAACAGGAGCUUGAGAAUUUAAGAGAUGCUGAGACAACACCUAUAGAGGACAGGGAUACCACACCAGUACAGAAAGAUCCUCUGCCAAUUGCUAAAGUUGUUAAAGUCACAUUAUACUUACACCGGUACCCAAACAUGCUGUCGACUGGUUCUCAGCCAGCUAUGCAGCGGUCUUCCAUGAUGCCAGGUGAUGGCACUGGACCUCGCCUCCUGGUGGACGGCAGUGGGCUUCUCCGCCUCCUGGCAGAAGUCAGCAGCUCCUUCAUCUCCUGGCGGAUGGCAGCAGGCUCCUCCGCCUUCUGGCGAACUGCUCCAGUACCACCGGACCAUACCUCCAUACCGAUGGGCAAGGAGGAAGUUCUGAUUGUGGGGGUGUACACCAAUACCCCCAGACACGUAGAGGACAAUGUUGUGUGCUGCAUCAAGGAGAACCCUGUGCCUGCUGUCUUUCACAUCUCCUGCGUAGGAGUCAUGCCUGAACUGAAGCUGGACCACAAGCUGUUCCACUUUAACAAGAUUCCACUUCAAAUAUUGCAUUUGAAAAAGUCUCUUACAGAAACUUGUAGUCUAUGUCUACGCAAUAACUCCCUUCUGCCAGCUGCUUGGAAAGUGAUGGGUUUGGAGAUGCUUGGGGAUGAAUUCAGUAUGUCUCAGGACCAGGAGUUCAUCAUGCCACAUUGUGAGUUUUGCCUGCACAUGCAUUUCAUAGCCAGGAAUCCCAUCAAAUUGAAUAAAGCCAUUCCUUUAAAGGUACUUUAUCUGUCUGAUGUGGAGAACAUUCUUGGGAUUGUUCAACAUUCAGAGAAUCAGAUUAUUUCAGAAGCCUAUGUUAUUGCAGUAGACAUAAGCCUUCCUGAAGAUCUGCUGUAGACUCAUUCAUUAGAUUUCAGAACAUUUAAAGUAUUAGAAGAGGUGAAGCAGUCUAUUAAGUUGGAAAACACACUUUUAACAUUGUGUGUUUUCACAUUGUCUCCAUGCUUUGGUGUUCUGGAUUGCAAGGCAGAGCAUGUAGGUAGUUGGGUGGUAUGUCUAGCUAUAGACAUCUCUGACAGAGACCCCUCUGACAAUCAAUACAGGAUACCAUACAAGCUGGUGGCUGAAGAUUGUAUGCCAGGAAUAGCGAGUACAGACAUUGCUUCUAUCUUUGAGGUGCACCGUAUCUGUAAGAACAGUAGCAUGCUGCAUUGUGAGCAGUAAAGGACCAGUAUGGGUGUCUACGUUCAGGACGAGAACAAAUUUGUCUUCAACAACGUGCUGGUGGGUCAGUCAGCCAAGGCCCAGUUCCAUCUGACCAUUCAAGGAAAAGUGCCUUUUGAACUCAGCCUGCAGAUCAAAUCAGUCAAGGUGUUUUUGAGUGAAAUGACCGCAUCUAAUGCAGAGGUUUUUGAGUUGACCCUUACAAGGAUGUGCAUCCCAAGCCAGUCUCACACUUUUGCUACUGUCACCUUUUAUAUGCAGACAUAUCAUGCAGUGUUUUAGACUAUUCUGUAAGGGACCAUAAGGUAUUUGUUUUCAUUGGAGGCUUUAACCAUUUUGUUUUGGUUUGUAGAUUGUUCACCCUUUCUCAUUUGCAACAGGCCCAACGAUCUUGUGUUUGAUCUAUUGGGUGAAGGCAACUUGCCCUGCAUCAUGGUUCUAAGACCUGUUCAGAGGACUUACCAGGUCAGCCAAUGCUACAAUUUAAUGCUUAGUGGUAGGAUGAGCACAUAUCCUUCCAUUUGUGAUAAAAAAAACAAUGGGAAUGUGCCUGCACAAGUUAGUAUAAUUCUACAAUAUAACCUGGAAGUUUUCACUCAGAAAGUAGCUCCUGGGACUACAUGCAGACUUGCCUCCUCAAAUAUAGAAAGCAAUCUCAGAAAAUAGACACAGCUAGCUCAUGUCGCCUCUCUGUCACUUCUGACUGGGCAAGAAGCACAAUUCCAGGUUUUUCCUAAGGUUUCUCUGAGGUUUGAGGCCAGUAUGAAGUUAAUGGUGCAGGAUAACCUGUAUGAUCAGACAGUGGUGAAACUUCUGGGUUAACAUGACAUCAUCCUGGACAACACUGAAAGAGACUAUAAAAUGCCACGCAGCCGAUUUCUGUAUUUCCCAAGAAUUUUACUUCAAAAUUUGGCAGUAGUGACAGACCCAGAGCCUCCUCACUCUGUGGUGGAGAACUCCUCGAGAGAGUUGGAGUUAAUAGUUAGUGCCACAUGUUAUGUCCAGUACCAAUGUGAUACUGGACCCAUCCGCUUCAAAGACACAAUGCUGUACCAGAUUACAGCAUUGCUGCUCCAAAUGGAGAACAAAGGCAGUGUUAAAUUUGAGUGUUCCUGGCAGCUUCUAAUGGACACAAUGAAAAAUACACGCUUUGAACAUGGAGGUAAGACCUCUAGCUCAGCUGAAGGCAGUAGGACACCUUUGAGGCCAGCAAACUCUCUGCAGAAUGUUUCCUUGCUACUGCUUGGAGAUCCAGAGCACUCUCCCUUCAGUGUUGAACCUGGUGUAGGGUUUAUCAGCCCAGGAGAGAAUCAAAGUUUCCACAUCUGGUUCUGCCCUCUGGAUGUGGUUGAGUUUGAGGCCAGGUUGAUUUGCAUCAUCCCUAAUCUACAGGAUGACCAGAGUCCUGUAAUCAAUGUAAAUGGCCACAGUUUGCUACCAUAUUGUCAUUUCCACCUUUAGGAUUCAGACUACAUCACUGAAAACAGGCGCAACACUGAGCUCCACAGUCCACUUUUCAUGGACCCCAACACCAGGGUUAUAAGGUUCACCCCAGUGCAUAUCGGCACAUCAGUCCGCAGGGAAUUUGCUAUUGUAAAUCCCACAAAAAAGCUGUACUCUUUCAUCUGGAGAUGUGAGGGCUUGUGCAACUGUCCUUUCAAAUGCCUUACACCAAACAAGUCUGUUCAGCCAGGGAAGGUAUGUUGUUUGAGAGUUUCAUUUGAGUACCAGGCUUUCAUCCUGGACUUAGUGGAGACCUUCUUGACCUUCUUAAUCCCUCAAUACAACCUUGCUUUACUCUUCCUCCUGGUGGGGACUGCUAACGAGCCUGUUGUCUAUAUAGAUCAAGCCCAUCUCAAUCUGGGAAGCUUGCUUGUUGGUGCUGUUCGCCCUCUGCUGGUCAUGAAAGUUUGCUGCCAGGGAUUGGAGGUCACUCUGGACAUGGACUACCUGCAGUUUGGAAUUGUGGUUCAGUGCUGCCAAGCCACCCAAUGUAUAAUCAUGCAGAACACUGGAGACAUUAGGGCUAGUCUGGCUCCUGGGGGGACUGGCUCCUGCAUUGUCCCACCACAUGUGUGUGAGCAGGUGGUGAAUUUUGUAUGUCAGGUCCGCAGUCAGUGUACUGAGUCCCUCACUCUGUCAAGCACUAAUCAGCCCUGGAUUCUGAAAUGUGUCAUAGAGGGAAAGCACUUGAUUAGGCCUCCCACUCUUAUUAUUGAGCCACAGCAGCAAAACAUGUUUAAGUUAACAUACAAGCCCUUGGUCAUGACUGUAGACGGGGAGAUACAUGAAGGCUCUGUGUUCUUCUUCCCUGAUGACAAUGGAAUACUGUACAUAUUGCAUGGCAUAGCUGAGCAACCUAAAGCUGAAAUCACAAUCACAGAAGAGAUCAAACGCAAAACCCACCAUACACAGAUAGUGCCUGUCCACAACUGGCUGCACAGACCUGAGAGGUUCCAUGCUGUUCUGGAGUUGAUCAAACCGGAUCGUUCAAAUGCUUCAGUUUCACUGAAAAAAAAAACGGGAAUUUGGCUGGAGUACACUGAUGUGCCUGCACUUGAUAAGAGGGCCAGAACCAUAAAACAUUUUAUGCAUUGCAUAUACCUGUAUAUUGUACAAGUGACGUUCAAAAAUGUGGCAACAGGUGAGUACCUAUUCUACAAUCUUAACUUUAAAGCAACAGCUCCAGGAGUGAUCAGAACUUUAGAAAUGGUGACCCAGGUGAGACAGAUAGUAUCAGGGUCUGUGGAGGUGGAGAACCCUCUUCUUUUGGACUUGUCCUUCUCUGUAGAGGGCCAGAAUGCAGACAUCAGUGUGCCGCCUCAGGUCUUGUACCUGCUCAGUCUAAGGUACUGUAGAUUUCCUCACAUAUACACAGAGUUGCAGAUCUAUAAGGACAUUCUUGGUAAACGCUAA